CGUUAAAGGCAGAGGGUAAAGUGAAAGUAAUAUCUCUUUCAAUGCAACAUUAUAACGUUAUGCUCUUUUUCAUUCUUUAAUGUACACGAAAGAAAACGUACAAUUAAUUUAUUGCAAGGAGAAUCUAAAAUGAACAUCAUUUGGACAUAUUUCUCGUGACGCAGCAGAUUCAACACUGUACUGUGGUGCAGAAUAACAGCUAAUUAUAAUGGAUAAUUCUAUUCAGGAGAAAGAAGAAUGAAACUUGGAUAUCCUGAUACCAAGCUGAAAGAUAAACAAAUUGUUCAAACCCUCCUGCUGGACAUCCAUUUCCCGAAGUCCACACCAGGGUGGGAAUUUUUGCAGACUAUUGUCUACAAACUCCCAGGAAAAGAAUCCUCUUCUGCUCCGUUUAUAUGUCAGGUUAAGCAGUACUGGAACCAAAACAACUAACGCUCUUUAAAAUGUUUUGUGAGUUUAUAUGAAGAGUAAAGUUCUCAGACUAAUACAUUCCUUGCAAAGGUCAACCAAUACCAAAGGGUUUUACUGUACUAACUGCACAAAUAUCAACAUUUGGUGGUUCAAAUACCCAUGUGAGGUCUCUCUUCAAGUUAAGGUAUUAUUGCUUCAGGAGAGAGAGAGAUGGCAGCUGCAAGCAGCAAUGAGUUUCAGCUUGUUGUUCCUGAAACAGCUAAAAGAGCUGUGGUUCAUCAUAUAUCUGGAUUUACUGUGCCAUGUCACCUGUCACCUAACAUCAGUGCUGUUGACAUGGAGAUCAGAUGGUUUAAGGAGACAGACUGUGCGUGUCUCUAUAAGAACAGACACAUUAUAGAGGGGAGAAGCUACAUUGGCAAAGUAAAACAGUUUACUGAAGGGCUGGAGAAAGGAGAUGUUUCCUUAUCGCUCACACACUUCAGUGGGUCAGAUCUGGGAGAUUAUGUGUGUCAGGUCACCAGUGGAGGCAGGACAGAAGAAAUAACAGUAAGAGUAAAUAUAUGGAGAGCAGCAAAUUUAAUCAGGCUCGCAUUUUCGGUUUUUGACAUUGCUGAAGCUAUUAACAAGCAGCAUGGUACAUACAUAAUAAACAUAGAUGAGAUAAACAGAACAUGGACUGAAGAUGAAAGAUUAAAAAUGAAGGACUCUGUCCUAAUGGCAGAUGAUGAAAUAGAAAAGCUUCAUUCUGAAGUAGAGAGACUGAAAAAUGAGUCAUCAAAACAUAUAGCUGAGAUGAGCGAGAAAGAGAGACUGCUGGAGAACACAGUUAAAGAGUUGGAAACCAGUAAACAUCAACUGGAGAAACUGAGAAAUGUACUACAAGACAUGAGCAGACAAAACGAACUACUGAAGAGUUCUGUUUCAACAGCACCAGUAAGAAGAAACAACAGUAUGGAGUUGGAUCCUCCAUAUAUGAGCGGAGAAACCGCUUCAGUGUUUGUUUCUGGAUCAGAGCUCAGGCUGGUUCUGCUGGGCAGUGCUGGAUGUGAGAAGAGCUCAGCAGGAAACAUCAUCCUGAACAGAGAGAAGAAUCAGACUGAUACAUCAGCAGAGACACAGCAGAGUGAGAGCAGACAGGAGGAGGUGGAUGGGAAGCAGGUGACUGUGGUGGAAACUCCUGAUUGGUUCUGUCCUGAACUCUCUCUGGAGGAGGUGAGACAAGAUGUGAGACGCUGUAUCCGUCUGUCUGCUCCAGGACCUCACGCCUUCCUCCUGGUGAUACCAGUGCAGCAGUCUACUGGAGUAAAGAGAGAGAUGAUGGAGGAAAUGGGGGAGAUUUUUGGGGAGAGAUGUUGGAGGAACACUAUGAUCCUUUUUACUGUUACUGACGAAGAACAAAAGAAGAACAUUGAGGGUUUCAUCCAAUCAGAGAAUCAGGAGGUUCAGAGACUUGUAGAGAAAUGUGGAAACAGGUUUCACGGUCUCAACAUUCAUCAGAGUGGAGGUAGAGUCUCAGAUCAGAGCAAUGAAGAGAAAGAUCAUAAGAGACAGAGAGGAGAGAAAAGAGAGUGAGGAGAGA